AUGGGAGCUUUUAAUUCUAAAAAGAAGGAAAGUGUAAAGAUUGUUUGUUGCGGAUUGGAUAACAGCGGAAAAUCAACAAUUAUUAAUCAUUUAAAGCCAAAGAAGGAACGUGAAACAAAUGUUGUUCCAACUGUUGGUUACAGUCAAGAGAAUUUUGAUUAUGAGAAACUUAAUUUUACAGUGUUUGAUAUGUCUGGACAGGGAAAGUAUAGAAAUUUGUGGGAGAGUUUUUACGGGGAAGUGGAUGGAGUUAUCUUUGUUGUUGAUAGUGCUGAUCGUGUAAGAGUUGCAGUCGCAGAAGAUGAGCUGACAAUUCUGUUGAAAGAAAUUAAAGAAAGACCAAUACCAAUACUGUUCUUUGCCAACAAACAAGACUUGGCAAAUUCCCUUAGUUCCUCCGAAGUGUCUGAAUCUUUGAAAUUACACAACAUUUCAAAUAAGAGCUGGACCAUAGUUUCCUCAAAUGCUUUGAGUGGGGAAGGUAUUGGAGAUGGUGUGAAAUGGUUGAGUGAGGAAAUUCGAAAGAAGUUGGCUAAAUAA